AAAGAGUGUAGCGAGAAAGAAGCAUGGAGAUGAAAUAUGAUAAACCAACAUGGUUUCAUGGCAUUUCAUUGAUGACACGUCCCAUUUUCAACUGUAAAAACCAGCUUAUCUCAUUAUCAUCGUCACGGUUAUCUAUUCUAUAUCCUCGAUUCUCGGUAUAAUCCUGAUCACGUACGUUUUCUCUUCUUUAAAUCCCCUUCAUCCUCACAUUUUUCCAUUCAUCAAGUUCAUCAAUUAUCACAAAUACACUCACACACACUAGCUUUCAGUUCGCCGGAUCAUGGCAAAAAAUCCACUCAGAGUCUUGGUCACUGGCGCUGCAGGGCAAAUUGGGUAUGCUAUUGUACCCAUGAUUGCUAGGGGGGUGAUGCUAGGCGCUGAUCAACCUGUAAUUCUGCACUUGCUUGAUAUUGAACCUGCAGCUGAGGCUUUGAAUGGAGUGAAAAUGGAAUUGAUUGAUGCUGCCUUUCCUCUGCUCAAAGGAGUAAUUGCUACUACUGAUGCUAUUGAAGCUUGUAUGGGCGUAAACAUUGCGGUUAUGGUUGGUGGGUUUCCACGAAAAGAAGGUAUGGAGAGGAAGGACGUGAUGUCUAAAAAUGUAUCGAUUUACAAGGCUCAGGCUUCUGCCUUGGAGAAGCAUGCUGCUGCAGAUUGCAAGGUGUUAGUGGUGGCAAAUCCAGCAAAUACAAAUGCACUUAUCCUGAAAGAAUUUGCACCUUCAAUCCCAGAGAAAAACAUAUCAUGUCUAACGCGACUUGAUCAUAACAGAGCAUUAGGCCAAAUCUCUGAGAGGCUAGAUGUUCAUGUCAGUGAAGUAAAGAAUGUCAUCAUAUGGGGAAAUCAUUCUUCAACUCAAUAUCCAGAUGUCAAUCAUGCUACUGUCAAAUCCGGCAGCGGAGAGACGCCUGUAAGAAAACUCGUCGCUGAUGAUCAGUGGUUAAACACUGAAUUCAUCACAACAGUUCAGCAACGCGGUGCAGCGAUUAUAAAAGCUAGAAAGCUGUCAAGCGCAUUAUCCGCUGCAAGUGCAGCUUGUGAUCAUAUUCGUGACUGGGUUCUUGGCACACCUAAGGGAACAUGGGUUUCAAUGGGAGUGUAUUCUGAUGGAUCUUACGGGAUCGCCCCUGGUCUGAUUUACUCUUUUCCUGUUACCUGUGAGAAAGGAAACUGGUCCAUUGUUCAGGGGCUGAAGAUUGAUGAAUUUUCAAGGGCCAAGAUGGAUGCAACUGCCAAAGAACUGAUGGAAGAGAAAUCAUUAGCUUAUUCUUGUCUCAAUUGAGAGAUUUACUCUCUUUAGCACAAAUUAAUAAAUGUUACUCAAAAUAAUAUUUAAGAAUAAAAGUUGUAAUGUUACAUGAUAUGUAAUAAAUGAAUUAUAAGUCUAUUAACCAAUGAAUGGUAUAAAAGUGUUAGGCAUCAUUCCGUUAA